GCACUGCGGGGGCAGGCAACUCAGGCAAGUAUGGGCAGUAUGGCCGGUAGUGGCGUAGUAGUGCGCCGCGAGUGACAGAUACACGAUCGUCCGUUCGACCGCCGCAUCCAUCAUCUCCGGGGUGUCCGCGCGCGCCGCGCGAAACUCCGAGUGGUAGAAUGAUCGUUUCGAUCUGAGUGAAAGAAAGAGAGGGAGAAGAAAGAUUAAGAGAGUGAACGAAAGACAGAGAGAGAUAAAGAUAGGGAGUCCGUGCGGCAACCCGCCACUAUCCCCGGUGCCGGUGUGAUGAUCAAGGAUAUGGCGGACGAUGAGGCCAUACAGGCCACCAACGACGACGCCAGCGAGUGCAAGCGUUACGCGGUGCAGCUCGGCUAUUGGUGCGACCCGUUCAUCAGCUUGUUCGUCAAGCAAACCGCUCGGAAGGCACCCGAGAUCAAUCGUGGCUAUUAUGCCAGAGUCAAGGGCAUCGAGCUCUUCAUUGACAAGUUCCUCAAGUUGUCUGGCGGUAAAGGACAGAUCAUAAACUUGGGUUGUGGUUUUGACACACUCUACUGGAGGCUCAGAGAGGCGGGAAAUAGCCCCGUGAACUUCGUAGAACUCGACUUUCCCAGUAUAACUGCGAAGAAAUGUUAUCACAUCAAGAAACACAAGCAAUUAAUCGAUAAGCUAAACACCGAAGACGGAGAGAUCCGAUUUUCGACCACAGAACUGCACGCCGCGAAUUACCAUCUAGUCGGUACAGAUCUGCGACACAUAGCGGAGUUGAAUAACAAGUUGACCCAAGCCGAAGUCAAUUUCAAUUUACCUACCUUGUUCCUCGCAGAGUGUGUUCUAGUGUAUGUAGAUGCUAGCGCGACCACGUCGUUGUUGAAAUGGCUAGCAGGCAAAUUUUCAAACAGCCUCUUCGUCAGCUACGAGCAGGUAAACAUGAAGGAUAAAUUCGGCCAGGUCAUGUUAUCGAAUCUCCGUAGCCGCGGAUGCUUAUUGGCGGGCGUGGAAGACUGUGAGUCGUUGGAGACUCAACAAAGGCGAUUUACCAUAAACAAUUGGGAGGGCACGAGCUCAUGGACGAUGGUGGAAGUUUAUGAUUCACUGCCUGUAAUGGAUCGUAGUCGAAUCGAGCACAUAGAGAUGCUGGACGAACGAGAACUUCUUACCCAGCUACUUCAGCAUUAUUGUAUCGCCAUCGCUUGGAACGGACAAACAUUCAAAAAUCUAUCUAUAGCACAGGGUUAGAUCACCACCUAACUCUUCCUCUCUGUGUCUAUCUUGCGAGUUACUCCAGGUAAUGGCAUCAUAUAAUUCCUAACUCGGCGAGUUCUUGUGAAUUACUUGUAAUAUCCCAAUCGACAGCAGGAGAUUAACGAUUUUUAAAUUGCGCUUAAGUAUAUCCCGAUUAAUCGAUAGGAUUCGAAUUAAAGUACUUCUAACUUUUCCAUCUUUCAAACAAUUUGCCGUAAUAAUUUUUGUAUAUGCUUCGAAUAUAUUCGUCCUCCACUAAGCGCGUCAUGAAUGUACUAUUUUUUAAUGACUACUGUAAAACGAGACGUGAUAAAAUGAUUCUCGAUGUUGAUUCGGACGUGAUGUGGUUAGCUAAUAUGAUAACAAUGACCGGAUAAAGCCAUCUUGAUGUCCUUUCGCAGAUUUCCAGUCAUCUUAAUUUACAUUUAAUCUUCGAAUUUUAUGUAUAAUGUAUAAUGAUUCUAUCUUUGCAAAAGAUCGAUUACGUCUCGCUUCUUAUUGCAGAUUUUUCUGAUGUAUAAAAGUACGGUCGAUAUUAUAAUUAUUAUAAAUCGCUAUUGUUAUAUAAUUGUGUAUGUGCGGCCAAAUAGCGCGAUAAUAAUGCGCAGAGUAAUUUAUUAUAUUACGAGAUAUAUCAUCGAAGAUCAACUAUCCAACGCUCAUUACGUUUUUUUUCAUCAUUUUGUUUAUUAUCCGACUAUAAUUUCAUUUUAAUAUGAAAGUUUUAGAUUUUGUAUUAGUUGCAAAGGAGAGAUUUUUUUUUUUUUAUAGACGCUAAAUCUGCUUCUUUUAUCUGCACAGUUUUACAUAUUCCGCAUAUAAACGGCAAAUGUGUUCUUGUUGUGCAAGAAGAAAAAAAAUGUAAAGAAAAAAGAAAAAUGUCUAGAAAGUACAGCGAUUCUAUGUUUUUUAUCUAGUUUCUAUAUUUUGAGUCUCUUUCGUUGCGAAUAUAAAACUGUAUUUUUCUAAGAUCUUCGUAUAUAGAACUCCAAUUCUCUUUGAAGGUCUUAAUACACGAGAAUCUGAGGAAAAUGGUAUAAAAUUAUUUUGUAUGCGCGAUAUGAUCUUUGAAUGUAUAUUAAGUAUUAGAGAUUAUGAAUCAUUGAGUCGUGAGGAGGCGAUUAAUAUUACGAUAUAUAAACGCGUUAUAAGCGAUCAGUUUCGCAUAGAUGCGUGGCCUGCGAGCGCGCGAUGUGAUUGAUUAUUUAAGAUAAUAAACGCAAAAGUGUGCACAACGAAAGUAAGACUAAGCAAUCGAGCAAGUACUUAAGUACUUCUGCAAAUGGAUUGACGCGCAUCGCGAACAUCAGCCUUAAAAAGUCGGCGAUGUAUCUUUUAAUUAAUUUCAUUUAUUCGCUCGUAGAUGUGUCGAACUUAUUAUCUUCGCUUGCAUUAACUGUGAAUAUAAAAAUUGCGUGCCGAUGUUCUUCGAUAAAAAUCCGAUCAGUUGAUUUUAUAACAUGAGAAACGCAUAUGCUGGCACAAUAUAGUUGCUCCGUUUCUUUUCUCAACACCAAUACCAAGUGUACGUUACAUCUAAGCAAGUCAUAGAACGAUAGUGUAAAGGAUCAGAAGUCAUAAAGAUUUAUUUUCAUAUUGAGGAAUAUCAGGGUUACGCAUGUAUAUUCAAUUAAAGAUAAUACGAAGAGAUAUAAGCUCUUAGGAGACAUUCAAAUCAUCUUUUUAUAUAGAUAUCAAGUGCUACAACAAGCAGAACUUGGACUUUAUCGUCGUUUGCACGGUAAAGUGAAGUGUGAUUGCAGAGAUCGUCUGUCGAGCAUUAAAAAGAAAGGGACACUGAUUGUUUUUCUGGAGUUUGACGGCCUACCGGAUUGGAAUAAUUGCAUUAUAGUGGUAUUGUAUAGUGUGUGUACAUGUGAUUUUAGCGAUUACGCCUCAGACAAACGACGGUGAUUUCUCAGUCCUGUUCAAGCGUUAUAGGAACCUAGCAAAUUGAAAAAUAGGAUAUUUUUUAACAUCUAAAUUUUUAUUUAAAUAAAUAGACAAACGUUUUUUGUUAAAAAAAAUAUAUUUUUGAUAAUAAAAUCGAGAUAAAAAAUCGCAAAAAAAUAUUGAAACAGAAAAACACUUUAAAUUUCUAUAUUUUUUCGAAGUAUAAAAAGAAAUUUUUUGUAAAUUCAAUUCCCAGGUUCAGAUAUAUUUAGUCCUGCGAAAAAAUUUCGCAUAAAUUAAAAAAAAAAUUCUUUCGUAAACCAAAAAUAAUAAGUAUGAAGAUAAGAAAUACCUAUUUUUUAUUUUAGAUAAUUUAUCGAGAUAAUCUUGACCAGGCGAGCGCGAUAUUAUUUUGAAUGCUAUUAUUAUCCUGUUUCAAUAUCCUUUGCACUUUUUUAUGUUAAUUUUAUUGUUAAACAAUAUAUUUUUUAAUAUAAAAACUAUUUGUCUAUUUGUCUAAAUAAAAAUUUUACACUAUGUUAAAAAGUACCCUAUAUUUCGAUUCGCUAGAUUGCUAUAACGAACAUUCUUCUGUAAUCAUCUUUUACCCUGUUUCGGGCGUUUCUUUCUCAUACUUUUACCGUUAUGUGAACAACGGUAAUUUAUUAGAUUUAAGAUAUUAACGAAAACACACAUUCUGCCGAAUAAACUACGUAGACUUAUAGAGACUGUAUGGAUGAUCUCUCAUCCCUUCAACGAGUAAAAUAACAUACCUGGAGUAACGAACAUACAUACAUAUAUAAAGAGAAUAAUUUCUCAGAUGUUCUAUUUUUCUCAGAGGUUACAAAAAUUGCAGCCAUUGUUACGAUGUCUAUCAACGUUCGUAGGUAAAUCCCUGCCUCCCUCGCCCCCGACAUGUUGCCUUCUUUGCAUGUAGAAAAAUAAUCCCCACUUUUCGUAUUAGUUUCGUGUCAUGUAUAAGUUAGUUUGAGGCAAAACCGACUAAUUUAUUCGAAUGCUCGUCAUGUGUUCAAGUCUGCUUCAAGUUUGAGAAUCGAAACUCUUCGAAUCUAAAGUUCUCGCAUUAAUGGAUGUCGUCGUGAGAAUUCGAGCAAAGCGCUGCCACUAUGAAAAUUGAGCGAGAUUUCCAGCUUUAUUGAAAUUCGGCAAAUUUUCACGUGCACUUGUUGGCUCGUUAAAAUGGGGAGAAAAGAAAUUACAAUGAACCCAUUAAUAAAAUUUUUAUCUAAACAGUCUAUGGUGAGGUUUACUUUAAAUAAGUAAAGACAUCUAUUCGAUUAAUUACACAUUUUUGAUUACAUUAUUCAAUUAGAAAUGACCAACUCUAUAUUGUUUAAUUUUGUCUAUGUAAUAAACAAAGAGUUUUAUUUUGCUAGAAUUACUGCUGAAAAAGUCGCAUUCAAAAAGUUUGUUUUACUUAACAUAUUUUUCAUAAACUGCGAGAAAUCGAAAAUGGCAAGACAAUUUGAUUUUCAAACUUCAAGUAAUAUAUGGUCAUGUUGUGCGGAUUUUGCGUGCAGCUUUAUGUUUCUUCGCCUCCCUUUCGUUUUACAUAAAAUAUUAAUCUCAUAUUACACACGGAUGUUACACACCUUGAAAAAAAAAAGAUACACUAGAUCUAUAUAUAUAGGUAUAUAUAUAGAUACACACACACAGUGUGCUUCCACUUAUUAUGGAUAAAAUACGAUGGAAAAAUGUGCAUCUUAAUAUUCGCAUAAUUGUGAUAUUGUUAAAUUAUGCAUUUAACGAUUAGAGAAAAACGAGUGAUUGGUUAUUAUAAUUAAUGAUUGUAGCUUCCUGUAUAAUACAUUUCUUUCAUAUGUCUCAUGCUACAAAGAGUUUCUUUAAGUGGGAAAAGAGAGCAGCUAUGAUAUAAUAUUAAAUUAUAUAUAAAUAUUUUUAAAUGUAUAAGAUAUAUAUGCUGUAACACGAUACACUUCUCCCAUUUAAAGUCUUUAAUUUAAUUUAUAUUAUGUAAAAGACGACUUAAUACAUCGUGUGAUC